AUGUCGGAUCGCCUGGUCUCAGCCGUUCUUCUGGAAAUUUUGAUUGAGAGACGGAUCCGCAUCUUCCAACGAGUUGAUCUACGAAUCGGCACCCUGGCUGUCUCACAAAUUCUAGGUGCAGGUCAUCACCGUCCACUACCUACCACCACCACAUCCUCAUCUUGGAAACAAACGUUGUUCACAAUGUCCGACGCAGAGUACAAAGAAGCCUUCGCCCUGUUCGACAAAAAGGGAACCGGCACCAUCUCGCGUGAAUCGCUCGGCGACCUCCUCCGCGCCCUCGGCCAGAACCCAACCCAGGCAGAAGUUGCCGACCUCGCCAAUUCCUCCCCCAAGGACAUCGACUACUCCUCCUUCCUCAACAUCCUCAACCGUCCGAACGGCUUCAAACCCGCGGGCACUCCGGAGGAGUUCAUCCGCGGCUUCCAGGUUUUCGAUAAGGACGGAAAUGGUUUCAUCGGAGCAGGAGAGUUGAGGUACGUGUUGACGAGUUUGGGAGAGAAGCUGAGCGAUGAUGAGAUGGACGAGUUGUUGAAGGGAGUGCAGGUUCACCCGGACGGCAACAUUCAUUACGAGAGCUUUGUUAGGCAGAUUCUUAGUCAGUAA